UGGUGCAUUCUUGCGUCGAUCUUGAAUGUCUUCGACUUCACUGUCGCUAAGCUAGGUACGCUAUGUCGUUGUUGUGUUAAACGAGCUAAGGAGUCAUAAAAAGGGAACUCUAGAUAAUUGUAAACCUAUUGACGAGUGCUGAAGAUUAAGGGAUGAACGAACGACGUCACAUGUUCGGCAGUCAAUUUAGUAGAACCUGGUGAGCCUCAAGACGAAGCGGGACUAACGUCGAUCUGCAUUUUGGGGCAAGGGACUAAAUCUAAGGUGGAACCAGGGUCCCAUUUCAACUCCAUACCUUCCGGUAGUUGAUCGACACGCAUGCGAAAUUGCCCAGAAUAGCAACAUUAUUGCUUUCGAUAGCGGUAAAGGCUACUGGAAUAUUCGAGGCGGGAUACACGUGGCAAGGGGGCUGGGAGGGUUUCGACGAGUAUAUUAGACGUCGACAUCUCGCCCUUUCAGAGAGAGAAAGAAUACCAACACAAACACAACCACUAUCGUUUAACUCUCACCUAAGUCAUUCCUUGCCAGUCGGUCCGGUCGCUCUAUACCAUUGAGGUUCUAUCGCACAAUUUUCACUCGUUUAAUACAAAUCUCAAGACAACAUCAACAUGCAUUUCCUCGCAGUCCUCACCAUUGCUACUACCGCCUCUGCGGUCCCCUUCAUGAACCGUAGGGACUACGGCACUGCCAACUACACGCCCGUCCCCUCUGUUCCCAGUGCCGGCCCUGGCGCACCUGGCAACUCUGGCAACCACCCCGGUAACAACACUCCCGCUCCUGGCUCCUACCCAGGUGCCAGCGUACCGGGCACCCCAGCUGGCCCAGGUAACGCCCCCGGCGCCCCCGGCAACUCUCCGGGCACUCCAGGAAACGCAGGCACCGCACCGGCUGGCGGGCCGACUGUCGUGCCAACUGGCUACGCGACUAGCCCUUCAGCUACCGCCCCGUCUAAGCCCUCGGUUGAGACCCAUAUCUCUAAGCCGGUUGCUCCCGCUCCCGAGACCACCCCUAAGCCCGUCCAGCCUGCUCACCCGGCUGGUGGCUACCCCACCGGUGGUGAUGUAACCGUCCCUGCUGUCCCCCACAACGGUGGCUCUUCGCCUUCGUCGCCGGCGCACUCCUUCCCCACCGUCCCCGCUGGAUCUGCUCCUCCCGCUCCCUCAGCUCCUUCGGUCACUGUGCCCGUUACUCCCCAGGCUCCCGCUGCCCCGGCUGAGUCCCACCCGGCUCCUCCUGCCCCUACUCACCCCGCUGGUGGCUACCCCUCCGCUCCCAGCGGACCCAGCCCUGCCGGCCCUGGCAGCAACACCCCCGGCAGCAGCACCCCCGGCAACAACACUCCGGGAAACAACACUCCUGGUGGCAACACCCCCGCUGCCGGCGGUUACCCUACCAACUAAGCAGUCACCACCUCAUCACUGUGGGAACUCGGGCCUUC